ACAACUAGUGACUUUCUUUAUCGUCUAUAAAGCCACACUUGUGUUGUGCAUCUAUAGUGUCAUAGUAUUUGCUCAUCUGCUCCUCUCAACUCCAAAGUUAAAGGUAGUUUAUUACAAAAAAAAACAGAACAGGGAAUGCAGAAAGAUGUGUUUCAAAGCUAGGACAUCUAUCUCCACCAAUAAUGAUUCAAAUACUAGAAAUCCUUAUAAGCCAUCAUCAUUUCUUUUAGACGAGAUUGGACACAAGCACAUCCGAUUUUUUGGUAAUAAUAUUCCGUUAAGUUUGAUAAAGUACUUUCAAGGUGGUUGAGUGAUCCCUUCAAAUCAUAGAGUAAUCACAACUUAAUUACCAAUUUGGUAAUUUACAACAGUGUUUAUAAAAUUUGGCUAAAUGGAUUUCAAUGGGGGUGUUUUGAUGCACCGAUACGAAUUAGGAAAAUUGUUGGGCCAAGGGAGUUUUGCAAAGGUGUACCAUGGUAGGAACCUUGAGACAGGGGUGAGUGUAGCUAUUAAGGUCCUAGACAAAGAAAAAAUUAUGAAAGUAGGAAUGAUGGAUCAAAUCAAAAGGGAGAUUUCAGUAAUGAAAUUAGUUAAGCACCCGAAUGUAGUAGAGCUUUAUGAAGUCAUGGCUAGCAAAACCAAGAUUUACUUCAUUUUAGAAUAUAUUAAAGGCGGUGAGCUUUUUGAUAAGGUAGCUAAAGGGAAGCUAAAAGAAGAUGUUGCAAGAAGUUAUUUCCAACAACUCAUUCUUGCAGUCAAUUUUUGUCAUAGCCGUGGCGUUUACCAUAGAGAUUUGAAACCCGAGAAUUUGUUAUUGGAUGAGGAAGGUAAUUUGAAGGUUUCGGAUUUUGGGUUAAGUGCUUUGGCUGAAACAAAGAGGCAAGAUGGUUUGCUACAUACAUCUUGUGGUACGCCUGCGUACGUUGCACCAGAAGUUAUUAGACAUAAAGGGUAUGAUGGAGCAAAAGCCGAUAUUUGGUCAUGUGGGGUUGUUCUGUUUGUGCUUUUGGCAGGUUUUCUUCCGUUUAGCGGCUCAAAUGUCAUGGAGAUGUAUAGAAAGAUCGCAAAGGGAGAGUUCAAGUAUCCAAAUUGGUUUCCUUCUGAUGCGCGAAAAUUAGUUUCAAAAAUCUUGGAUCCAAACCCGAAAACCAGGAUUUCCAUUGCAAAAAUAAUGGAAAACUCGUGGUUUAAAAAGGGUUUGGUUUCUCAGCCAUUUACAACCAAAAAAUCCGAAAAUGAAACACUAUGUUUGAAAAAAGCCGAUAACUUGAACGCAUUUGAAAUUAUUUCCUUGUCACCAGGAUUUGAUUUAUCAGGAUUGUUCGACGAAAACUAUGAAGACAAAAAAGAAGUGAGGUUCAUGUCAAAACAGGCUGUCACAUAUAUAAUUUCAAAACUGGAAGUAUUAGCAAAGAGCUUGAAUUUAAAACUAAUGAAGAACAAUGGAGGGUUGCUAAAAAUAGAAGGAUUGACAGAAGGCAAAAAUGGUGUUUUAGCCAUUGAAUUUGAAAUCUUUGAGAUUGCGGAGAAUGUGCAUCUUAUCGAGGCAAGGCAAUUGGGAGGGGAAAGAGUCGAGUUUUGGGAGAUUAUGAACGAUCAUAUAAGGCCAGCCCUUAUAGAUGUUUGAAGUCGAUAGCAUGAUGAGAUUAAUUAGCACAUAUCAAAUAUCAAAUGUAGUUUUACUUUCAAGCACUGCUAUAAAUUGACAUUUCAUUUGCCUUUUUUAA